AUGGCAGUUGACUGCAUUCCCAUGGCAUCAGCCCACCAUCCCCACCAUCCCUUCAACCAACUCAGUCAAGAUCGACACCAAAACGUGGGAACAAGCAUGGGCAGCAACAACCCAUAUGCGCGCUAUAUUUCACCAGCGCCCUCCUACUCUCGACGGUCGCGUUCUGAGUCUGUGAACUCCGCGCCUUCAAUCUGGUAUUCCGGCAUACCCGAACAUCAUCCGGUGGAGCCGAGACGCAAGCGCGAGCACUCUGCUCCCCAUCAUCGCCGCACCAACAAGUACUCCCGGCACUCACAGCUUGUGCAACCCGAUAUCAUCGACAGACUGGACAAUGCCACCAAUUUCUCCUAUCACCACGAGGGCCCGUACGACGCAGCCCGCCCUGAACGAAACCGCUUUGCUGAGUCCAGCCCGCUGGAAGCUGUCAAGGAGUCAAAUGCCGAGGCCCUCCGGGCGACUCCCCACCACAAGAUCGCCGACGCCCUAAACAGUCACCGGCCGCUCGAUGGCGUUGCCUUUUAUCCUCCUGGAACCACGGAUCGCGACGGCCAGGAGUACUCUUACGAAGAGGGCUCGAACAUGAUGAACGACUUUGCUGGUAACUUCAUGCGCCUUCCUGGCACGAAAUUCACCGAUGAGGACUUCAAGAACGAUCCAUUUUACAACCGUCCCCCGGUGAACCCGUUCUCUGAACUACGAAAGAAAAUCAGUCUGCGACUGAAAAAAAAGACGCAACACUCA